GGCCGCGGCGGCACGGGGCAGGCGGGCGCAGAUGGCGGCGGCGGAGGGCGCCUGAGUGGGCCGGGGCCAUGAGCGCCGCGCGGCCCCAGUUCAGCAUCGAUGACGCCUUCGAGCUGUCCCUGGAGGACGCGGGGCCCGGGCCCGAGUCCAGCGGGGUCGCCCGCUUCGGGCCGCUGCACUUCGAGCGCCGGGCCCGGUUCGAGGUGGCUGACGAGGACAAGCAGUCCCGGCUGCGCUACCAGAACCUGGAGAAUGAUGAGGACGGAGCCCAGGCCUCUCCGGAGCCGGAUGGGGGGAUCAGCACCAGCAGGGACUCAGGCCCAACAUCCAUCCGCAGCUCCCAGUGGUCCUUUAGCACCAUCAGCAACAGUACCCAGCGCUCCUACAAUGCCUGCUGCAGCUGGACCCAGCACCCUUUGAUCCAGAAGAACCGCCGGGUAGUGCUCGCCUCCUUCCUGCUUCUGCUGCUGGGGCUGGUGCUGAUCCUGGUCGGCGUGGGACUGGAGGUGGCCCCCUCUCCAGGUGUCUCCAGCGCCAUCUUCUUCGUGCCGGGCUUCCUGGUGCUGGUCCCGGGAGUCUACCACGUGAUCUUCAUCUACUGCGCGGUCAAGGGGCACCGGGGCUUCCAGUUCUUCUACCUGCCCUACUUCGAGAAGUGAGGCUCCCGGCCUCGGCCCGCGGCGGCUCCUCGCGUCCAUCGGGGGGGCUCCUGGGACCCCGCCCCGUUUCGUCUUUUCAUCUCACGGCAGAAACCCCACCAGGACCCUCGAAGCCCCCAGCCCUAUGGGGAAUUUGCUCAGGAAGUUGGGAGAGUGCCCGCCCUGGGCCCUCUACCCGGGCCUUGGCAAGUUGCCCUUUGCCUGUUCGGUGCCUUAACUUAUUCCCGAGUCCCGGGGCUCCUGGGUUGGGGUUAGUUUGUGCUAAUAAAAGGGUAGUUGAUUCUAACAGAGGAAAUUGCAGUUUUCAUCUCCGGCCCCACCUGGCCAGCCCCACAUCCUGGCCACAGCUCCCUCCACAAAGGUAAGAAAAGUACCCCAGGACCAGCGACCUCCCAGUUAUACAGAGCCCUGAUGUGCCAGGACUGGCCCAAAUCCACAUGGCCUGGGAGGGGCAGAGUUGGCCUGCAAGCCUGGGAGGCUGGGUUUCUACCCCCUGUCCCAGCCCUUACCGCAGUUUCCCCUGCCCUGGAGGCCCUGGCCUAGGGCACGCUGAUGACAGACAUAUGACACAGGCCUGGGACCUGGGGCUGUUACAGCCCACCUUGAAUGUGGGCCAUGACAAGGCAAUAGCCCAGUGCCCAAAACCCAGGGCCCCACUUCCUCAUUGCCCUCCCAGCACCCCCAGGCUGAGAGAACCAGGAGGCAGAGGGUGUAGGAGGCAGGGCCUGCAGUGCAGAACACAGGCGAUCAAAUACUUAGAACCACAGAAGGUUAGAAGCAGAAUCUUGGGAAAUUGGAGUAUCAGAAUCUUAAGAACCAAAAAACAGAAUCUUUGAGAACCUUGAAAUCUGGGAGCAUCUCAGUCCCUGUUUGUCGGGCUCUCAGAAGGCACCAGGCCCUGUUCUCAGCACUAAAAAGGCAGGUUAUCUCUUGUAAUCCUAACAACCUCAUCCCCAUUUUACAGAUGAGGAAACUGAGGCCCAGUGAAUGACAGUGACUCACCCAAGAGCAGCCAAUUAAAACAGAGUUAAAACUAAAAAUGCAACUCAGGGCUCCGGCUCCCCUUCUAUGGCAGUGGGGGGUGGGGGAGCAGGGAGGGGAGCUGGUGUGGCCCCUGCCAGCCACCCUAGGGGCAGGCUGACAAAUCCUGUUCAUAUGCACACGUGUUUGCAGUCUGCCUCCCCCCCUAAAACGAGAGGCCAGCGAGAAGGGAGCUGGGGACUUUGUUGAAUGAAUGAACCCCAGAGCCCUGCUCUUGGGCCUGUUCUCUCCUGGUGCACCCAGACCCCCACCCUCAACUCUCGGUCGAUACAUGUUUGGUGGCUCCAGUUAGAUGCAGGAACUCCUAAACCUGUAAUUCUCCAGAUACCUGUGGUGAAGGACCGGUUUUAUUUCUAAUCCAUGACAGAUGAAUACUUUUGUAAAAUAAAAUAAAAGCUAGAAAAAUGAAAUAAAAAGUCAAAGAUGUACAGAA